UGUAUAAAUCCAUUGCUACCGUAAUCCAGUUGCCAACAUACGUAUUACUUCAGCCAAUUGUUUUCUCAACAUUUUUAAAGUUUAUAUAGUAUUUGCACGUUCUACAUAUAUUUCAUUGAAUGAGUUCGAAAUUUUGUGACGGAUAUUUAUAACAUUUAACUUGUUAGAUCGUUUCUUUACAAAUGGCGGAUAAGGCUAUGAUGAAGCAAAUUGCGGAGCAAAAGCUUAAGGCCUUUUCCAUUGGUACAAUGGGUAAAAGGCCAUUAAGUAAAAAGGAAUUGGAAGAACAACGUAAGAAAGAGCAAGAACAAGCUGCGGCUCAGGCAUUCGAAGAAUUUGUAGCAACAUUUCAAGAAACACCUAGUAAAACAACUAAUAAGGUUUGGGUAAAGGCUGGAACAUAUGAUGCAGGAAAAAGACAGGAAGAUACAAGAGAAAAAGGAAAGCUUUAUAAACCACAGUCAAAAAUCGCAGAACUAGUUGAUAAUAGAUCAUCGGCUGAACAAGCUCAAGAAUAUGCAAGAUUACUUGGAACAAACGAACGAAAAUUGGAUAGGCUAGGCAAGAAGAAGAAAGAAGGUGAAAAAAAGAAGAGCAACCUUGAAUUAUUCAAAGAAGAGCUAAAGAUGAUUCAAGAGGAACGUGAAGAGAGACACAAGUAUAAGGGUGUGGUGAAAACUGUAAUAUCUACACAAUCUGAAGAUCCAAUGAUGGCCGCUUUAAAAUGUGUAGAAGAUGGUUCAUUUGACAAUGGUGAUCCAAAUACCACAAAUUUAUACUUAGGAAAUUUAAAUCCAAAGAUCACUGAACAGCAAUUAAUGGAAAUAUUCGGCAAAUAUGGUCCUUUAGCUAGUAUAAAAAUAAUGUGGCCACGUAGUGAUGAAGAGAAAGCCAGACAAAGAAAUUGUGGUUUUGUUGCAUUCAUGAGUCGUAAAGAUGGAGAGCGAGCAUUGAAAAAUCUUAAUGGUCGUGAUAUAAUGCAGUAUGAAAUGAAGUUAGGCUGGGGAAAAAGCGUACCAAUUCCGCCCUAUCCUAUCUAUAUUCCACCUGCUUUAAUGGAAAUCACGCAGCCACCACCUCCAUCUGGUCUUCCAUUUAAUGCUCAGCCACACCGACGCGACAGACACAAGAUACCACGUAUCCGCAACCUCCAGAGCGCGGACCCGCAGGAAAAGGAAAACUUUGAAAAGGUUUUGCAGAAUGCUGUUGUCAAAGUGGUUAUACCAACAGAAAGGAAUUUAGUCAUGUUAAUACAUAGAAUGGUGGAAUUUGUAAUUCGAGAAGGACCAAUGUUUGAAGCAAUGAUUAUGAACAGAGAAUUGAACAAUCCAAUGUUCAGAUUUCUAUUUGAAAAUUAUUCUCCUGCACAUACUUAUUAUCGCUGGAAAUUAUACUCCAUUCUACAAGGAGAUGUGCAAAAAGAAUGGCGCACAGAAGAUUUUAGAAUGUUUAAAGGUGGAAGUGUAUGGAGACCACCACCGAUUAAUCCUUGGACGCAGGGUAUGCCAGAUGAAUUGAUAGAAAUGGAAGAAAGGCAAGAACCCAGGAGAGGUAGUCUCUCAAAUAGUCAACGAGAUCGCUUAGAAGAUUUAUUGCGAAACAUAUCACCUGAAAGAAUAAAAGUUGCAGAAGCAAUGGUGUUUUGUAUAGAACAUGCAGAAGCAGCAGAGGAGAUUUGUGAUUGUAUUUCAGAGUCAUUAUCAAUACUGCAAACUCCUGUAAAUAAAAAAAUUGCAAGAUUGUAUUUGAUAUCUGACAUAUUACAUAAUUGCGGAGUCAAAGUGACCAAUGCCACUAUUUAUAGAAAGGCAUUUGAAACGCGUCUUUUGGAUAUUUUUAAUGAAGUUCAUCAAGCGUAUAAACAGUUUGACAGUAGAUUGAAGGCAGAAGGAUUCAAAGUCCGUGUUAUGCGAAUGUUCAGAGCAUGGGAAGAUUGGGCAGUGUAUCCAAGAGAUUUUCUCGUUAAGUUACAGAAUACUUUCUUGGGUCUUGUUUUGAUGGAUGAACCUGAGCCUGAGAACGAUGAAGACAUCGACGGUGCACCAUUGUCUGAUGUUGAUGGCGAUGGUACUGAAGAUUUGGACGGAGUACCACUUGAUGGUGCAGCUUUAUUAAAAGGUGCCAUGAAACAUGGUCUCACAUCUCAGACAACUUCAAAUUAUGAUGAUAUUGACGGAGUGCCUAUGGAUGAAGAUAUCGAUGGUGUCCCAAUGGACGAUGACGAUAGCGCAAACACACGAAAUAAGGAUGACGAAAAAAAAUCAACAAUGCCAGCUGGAUUUGUUCCUUCACGAUGGGAAACCGUUGAUCCUGAUCAGGUCGAGGCACAGGCAAUGACUACCAGUAAAUGGGAAGAAUUAGGUCAAAAUGAAGAUUCCAAUUCUCAAGAUACUAGUAUGGAUUCCAGUGGUAGAGAUUAUAAUGAAGAAAGGCGAAACAGACUACGUGAGAUUGAGGUAAAAAUCAUGCAGUAUCAAGAUGAGUUAGAAAGUGGUAGAAGAACUUUAAAGUCUGGUAUGACAAUACAGGCACAAGUAGAACAUUAUAGAAAGAAACUUAUAAGAAAGAGUGAAAGGGAAAUGAAGGACGUAAAAAGUGAAGAACGAGAUGAUGAAAAACGAAGAGAGAAGAAACGAAGCCGAAGUACGACACCGGAAUCUCCUAGUCACAGUUACAGAGAUCGAAGGCGAUCGUCAAGCCCAUCAGCAAAAGUUACAAGAUAUAGAUCACGCAGUAGAUCGCCGCGCUGCAAACGCAGAUCAAGAUCUCCGUAUAAAAAACGCGUACCAGUUACCCCGUCCCCUCCUCGUAUUCGACGUACGCCAUCGCCUUCCUUUUCUUCAGGCAGAGGAUCACGCAGAUCACCCGCUAAUGAGCGGUGUGAUAGGAAAAGACGUAGAUCACCAUCUUUGUCACCCCCACCGCCUCCACGUACUUCCUCUAAACAUAGAGCUUGUAGUCCGCCUUCCCCUUCUCCACGUAAACACAGACAUAAGCAUAAAUAUUGAAUCAUAAUAUGCCAUUGCACGAAUUAUCUUUUCCACAGGAUACUAUUUUUUAGAAAUUUUUUUAGAUCUCACAUUUAUUAUUUUACGA